AUGUGGAUCAGGGCACAUAAAAGCUUCACCACCCUGAAAACCAAAAUCGCGACGACCCCAAUUCUCCGCCACUUCGACGAGACGAGAACGCCGGUAGUUAUUGUAUAUGUCAGCGAUUGGGCGACAUCCGCUUCGUUGACGCAAGAACACGACGGAACCUACCAUCCGGUUGCGUUCGCCAGCCGCGCCUUGAAGACGAACGAGUUGAAUUACAAUGUGACAGAAAAGGAGGUGUUGGCAUUGCUGAGGGGCUUGGAUCUCUACUAUAAUUUACUAAUAAGAUGCGAGAUCCGGGUCCUAACGAGACAUUUCGCGUUAGCCUGGCUGUUCAAGUCGACAGGGUUACAGGGUCGCCUAGGACAAUGGUCAUCCCUCCUGGCCCCGUGGACUCUCGAGAUCACGAAGUGCACGAAAGGCGAGGACGAGAUACUGGGGGCGAUCGCUGUCAGCAUCACACCGAGAAGCGAAAAUCGACGACGCUCUGACCGACUUUGUUCCAGAAAGGAACCUAAACGCCGGAUCCAAGCCCCGAUACCCACUGUAGAUCGAGAAGAGGAAUUAUGGAUGAUAAGUUUUGACGGAUCCGCUCGAGUGAAGCGUGGCGGGGCCGCGUUCAGCACGAUCUCUACCCGGAUGGGAGGUGGCAAAGCUAGAUCAGGAUAUCUCGAGGGCCUCACCGUGAACGAAGCAGAAUAUAACGGCCUGAUCCUGGGACUCGACAUGCUAGAGGACCUAGCUCACAAACGCCUAGUGGUCUACGGUGAUUCCAACUUUGUGAUCCGACAAGUACCGGGUGAGUUUGAUUGUAAAGCACCCGGGCUGACGCUAUUGAAGCAAAAGGCUCUCAAUCGUCUGAGGAAAUGGAGCGAGCACGAACUGGUGCAUAUGAAGAGAGACUGGAAUGGGAGUGCCGACAGUCUGGCGAGUGCAGCUUUGCAACAACAAAGCGGGAUCGAGGCCCAGAGAGGUCCCGGGACCGAGAACCCAGUGGUGCGAGUUUCAGCGGUCACCACCCGAGCUUCCCGAGUGAGAUUGGGUUUCAUGCAAGAGGACCUGAUCCGGGAGAUGGGGGUCGAUCGGAUCAAGCGAGCUCAGGAGGAGGGAGUCUGGAUCACAGGCAUGAAGAAGUAUCUGAGUGGCGCGAUCGCAGACCUCACAGAAGCAGAAGCAAGGUCGUACGGAAAGAUCGCUGCCGACUAUGAGGUAGGCGAACAGGAUCUACUCUUCUACUGCUCUCCCACGCCGAGAUCGGGGGAUGAUCGUGAUCAGUUGCUGAGAUUGGUAAAUUUUCCUCCAAUCACAACGCGUCAAGUACCCGAGACGCUGCAAUCGGACGUCUUACAUCACUAUCACAUUACGUUGGAAGGAGGACAUCGUGGAGUGGGGCGUACCUACCAGCGUUCACGGACCACUUCCACUGGAGAGGAUUAUAUCGGAGCGUCCAACGAUAUGGAACUUGUAGGCGACAUACCCGUUCCAGAUCAUUGCGAUGGACCACAUACCUUCGCGGCCCAGAUCCCACAAGGUGAAUACGUAGCUUUGAUCUGGGUGGAUCUGUUCACAGGAUACGUGAUCGCGAAAGCUAGCUCUUCCCGGUCGGCCCAGACGGUCGCGGAAUCAUACGAAGAGUGCGUAUUUCGGCGAUUCGGUGCCAGCGAGAUGAUCCGACAUGAUCGAGAACCCGGGUUCAUGUCCGACUUCUUCCGGGCGUUUGACAAGAUCCUGGGACAGCGAUGUCAUAUCGGCCACAAGCCAACGGGACUGCAGAAAGAAUGGGCGCUCAAGAUGUAUGUUCGCGAUCUGGAUCAGAAGGAUUGGGACAAGUAUGCUGAGCGACUUACCUUCGCGAUCAACACAGCUCACAAUCGGAUCCGAGGGGAUACCCUCACUAUCUGGUAUCCGAGAUCGACGCUGGAGGCUACACUGCCAGUCGGUUGUACCAGACGGCGCAAUCGAGACGUGCGGCGGUGGCGUUAUCGAAUCAAGCGAUACUAUCAGCAGUCCCGAGAGAAAGUCAACGCUAGAUUGAAGGAUGCCAUCGCGGAUCAGGCUGGCCGACACAACGAGGACUUCGGGUCGCACCAGAUCGAGGCUGGAUCUCGCGUUUGGUUAUACCUAGAACCGGUGAAGGAAGGAUACGAGCGGAACCUUGCUCACAUGUGGCAUGGGCUAUUCCGAGUGGCAGAUACAAUCAACGAAUUCAGAAUCAAGCUCGAGAUUGUGGGUACUGGGUACCAGAUCUUCCCAGUGGUUCACGUGUCGAAGCUGAAAUUGGUCAAGGACUUUCCGGAUCGGCCGCGAGUAGAACUCACGGUGGACGAAUCAGAUCGCCUCGAUUUCGAUGAAAUCCUGCUUCCGGAGGACAGAUCUCGGGCCCGCGAGUACGAAGUCGAGCGGAUCUCGGUUGUGCGGAGUGGAAAGAAGACGGGAUUUGGUCGGAUCUACCGAGAAUUCCUGGUGCAUUGGGCAGGAUAUGACGAGCCAACCUGGCCGACGAUGCCGAUCUCAACUGCGGGGCAAUACUGA